AUUCCCACUUGAGACAAAAGGUUAUUAUGUUUCAACUUGAUGCUGCAAAGAAAAGCUUUUUGGGCUGCCUGGGAGUCUGUAUUUUUAUUUGCACAAUCAUAUAUAGGAAUGGAAAAAGUUUAUCCCUUCAAGACAGGUCACUGAUUGAUGUACAUGAAGCAGAAUGUGGCUUUUUUCCUGAUGAGCUAUGUUCAUCAUUUUUCCACUAUGGGGAUUUAUCUCCAAAGCUCACCCUUGCUUGUCAAAAACUCUACUGGCCAGAUAAUCUUCUGCCAUAUGAAGGAUUCAACUGUUCCAGUGUGAUACAAGACCUGCAUUUCAUAACAAAGCCUCUUAGUAGACAGGAAGAGACAUACCCAUUAGCCUACAUUAUUACCAUUCAUAAAGAACUGGACAUGUUUGUGAGGCUACUAAGGGCUAUUUACGCACCACAGAAUGUAUACUGUAUCCACGUUGAUGAGAAAUCCAACUGGAGAUAUAAAGGGGCUGUAAAAGCACUGGCAGACUGCUUCCCAAACGUUUUCCUGGCUUCAUCUAUAGUAAAUGUUGUGUACGCAGGCUAUUCUAGACUGCAGGCUGAUAUUAACUGCAUGAAAGAUCUCCUACGCUCACCAGUUGCCUGGAAGAAUGUUAUCAAUCUUUGUGGUCAGGACUUUCCUACCAUGACCAACAAAGAAAUUAUUCAAUUCCUUAACAGCGCAACAUGGAAAGGAAAGAAUAUCACACCUGGAGUGAAGCAACCUCUUGCUUUUAAGGACAGAACAAACACGAAACACAAAGAAAUAACAGCUUUUGGAAAUUCAUAUAUUUUAUCAUUUUUUGUCAAGAAAGAUAUCCCUCCAGCUAAUCUUGAUAUUUAUUUUGGAUCAGCAUACUACUCCUUAACUCGGAAAUUUGUACAGUUCAUCUUUAAGGAUAAGAGGGCUCAGGAGCUUCUAGAGUGGUCCAAGGACACAUACAGCCCAGACGAACAUUACUGGGUAACACUUAAUCAUUUGCAAGAUGCACCAGGCAGUACACCAAACGCUUCCUGGGAGGGGAGUACGCACUUGGUAAAAUGGAAAGACCAAGAAGGAAAAGCUCACGAAGGCUGCAGAGGGAAAUUUGUGCACAGUAUCUGUGUGUAUGCACCUGGAGAUCUUAAGUGGAUUAUUGAAAAGGAUAACAUGUUUGCCAAUAAGUUUGAAAUGGAGACCUUCCCACUUGCAGUUCAAUGCUUAGAGCGACGACACCGGCUUCAAGUGCUCAGUCAGGCAGAAGUUGCAAUUGAACCUGCAUGGAGACUACAAGACAACACUUAUUUUGAUAUGCGUCAAAAUGUUUGAUUGCUGAGAGAGAGAGAGAGAGAGAGA